ACAUGACGCCAGAACAGGAACGAAAGGAAGGGAGCGGACAAAUCAAGAUGGCGUCCUGCAAUGAAGCAGGAAAUAGAUUUCAGUUUCAUUAAAACUUGUUUCGACAGAGCCUCGACUGCAAGGUGUAAUAGUGGAGAGGCCUGAGAAGACUUUUCAGAGACGGUAGACGGAGAAGAUACAGACUCUCAAUGGCUGCAAGGAAGUCUGGAUCUGAUUUCCAGAACACCGGGCCCCUCAGUUACCUGGAAGAAGUUCCCUUCAAGCUCAACGACAAGUUCAGGUGUCCAGCCAAAGUGGGGCUGCCGAUUGGAUUCUGUCUCCAGGACUGUGGAGCGCUGCUUGCUGAAGUUCAGUAUGACUUCUCUCUGGAGCGGCGGAGCGUGCGCUGGGGGGAGGAGCUUGCGGACGCGCGGGCGGCGCAGGAGCGGGCGCGUCUGAGGGCGGAGGCGGCCCUCGCUGAGCAGGAGGCCCAGGAGACGGCGGCCGCCUCGCAGGAUAGCGACGGAAGGCCCGAGGGCCACACCCCCGACGAGCAGGACCUGCUCCCUCCGGCCCUCAACCCGGUCCUUGCGGGCCUGAGGCAUAACGCCAUCCUGACCCCCCUGCCGGCCCCCAGCCUGGGGCCCGUGCGCCACCCCAGCCCCCCGCCCCCGCCCCCGCAGAGCCUCAACCUGGCGGACUUCGAGCGCGAGGAGGACCCCUUCGACAAGCUGGAGCUCAAGACCCUGGACGACAGGGAGGAGCUGAGGAGCAUCCUGCAGGUGCAGUCGGCCACGCCCCCGGACCCCGCCCCGCGGUCGCGGAGCUCCACCCCGCCCCCUGCCCCGGCCCCGGCCCCUAACCCCGCCCCUGCCCCCGCCCCCGCCCCCAAGCCCGCCCUCUUCCACAAACCCAACGGGCUGGUGGCUCUUCUGGACCUGGACGGGCACGGGGGCGGGGGCCUGGGGCAGCUGGAGAAUGACCGCCCCUGUAACAUCCGCUCUCUCACCUUCCCCAAACUGUCCGACCCCGGGGACCCCGCCCCGCCGCGCAGCCUCCCCAACGGCGGCCCCCUCUCCUCGGCGGGGGUCAAGAACGACGUGGGACGCUCCCAGGACCCGCACAACGGGACACCCAAAGAGCCUGGUUUGGUCCCAGCGGCCGGCGUGGUGUCGCCCCCCGGUGGUGGGCCGGGGCAGUGCGGGGCCCUGUUCAGCCUGUCACCGAGCGAGAGGCAGUGUGUGGAGACCAUCGUGGGCAUGGGCUACUCCUACGAGGGGGUGAUGAAGGCCAUGCAGAGACAGGGCCAGAACGUGGAGCAGGUGCUGGAUUACCUGUUUGUGCACGCACGGCUGUGUGAGAGAGGGUUCGAUGCCAGUGCGGUGGAGGAGUGCCUGGAGAUGUACCAGUGCUCAGAAGAGAAGGCGCUGGAGUUCCUGCAGCUCAUGUCUCGGUUUGGUGAGAUGGGUUUUGAGAGGGACGCCAUUAAGGAGGUGCUGCUGGAGCACAACAACGACCAGGACAAGGCGCUGGAGGACCUGAUGGCCCGAGCAGCGGCCAGCUGAGGCCCGCCCCGGCCCCGCCCCCGGCCCGCCGCCGCCCCGACCCGCCCCGCCGCCCCGACCACCCCUUCCCACAGACACACGCCUGGGCGGGCUUACCCAUGAUCCUCUGUGCCCGGCACUCACUGACUCUGCUACCUGUUACUGCUACCUGAGAGAGAGAGAGAGAGAGUGUGUGUGUGUGUGUAUGUGAAUGAGAAUGAGAAAGAGAAAGAGAGAGUGUGAAUGAAAAAGAGAAAGAGAUGGAGUGUGUGUGUGUGUGAGAGAAUGAGAAAGGGAGAGAGAGAGAAUGAGUCUGUGAAUGAGAAAAAUGGAGUGAGAGAGCUGAGCUCAUGGAAAACGUUGUGGAGAAAGCAAAAUACAAGAAUCACAAACUUUUUUGUUGACAAAAGAGAGGUGUGCGGACACGACAGAGACGAGCCGACCCCUGGUUGGCCUUUUGUCCAUUUUGCAGAGUAAAGACUGGUGUGGACACAAACGGGAAAAGAAAGACAAAAAAGAGAAAAGCCACCAGGGGAACGCUGUGAAGAGGACGCUUUUCGGCGUUUUCAUGGGGUCCGAACGGACCGAGCCUGCGGCCGUCGCCGUGGACACUGCACAGGAGGGGCGGGGCCGGGUUUGGGGGCUGGGAGGAGGCACGCCAGGCUCGGUGUGUUGGGGACAAGCGCUCUCUCUCCCCGCUACAAAGCUGCCGUCGAACGCUGCGAGCCCGGGACCCCCCAGGACCGCCAGUGCAGCGCACGCACAGACCCCGCCCGUCCCGCAGUCCCGCCACAGAAGACUCGACAAAGUGCCCUUUCUGCGUCUGUGGCCCGCGCCGUUACCGCUGGACUCUCCUUUCGCUGUCUGUCUUAUCCUGCGGGAGGACUCCGCCGUGUUUUUUGUUGUUUAUUUGAGGUUCUUCUCUGUGCUUUCUGUUUUAGGAACUGCAUUAACUGAACUAAAAACAUGGUUCAUUUAAGUAAUGUUAACGUUAAGGAAAAGUGUAACUACUGCACCUUUGGUUUCUGCACUGGAAUGGACAGCAUACUCGAUGAAAAGAAGAUCCGCGUUAAAAAAAAAAAAAAGUUUUGUUUCGAGAUGUAGAAUUUUGACAAGACACACACACACACACACACACACACACACACACACACGCACAAACUGUCAAUUACAAACAUGACGAGGCACAGGCACACACAUAAUUACCAAGACAGCAGGACCACCCAGUGCACACAGCUUAACUCAUUAAUAUAGAUCUCUCGAUUAAUAAUUCAUUUUAAAAGUAUGUUAAGGUACACAUUAAGGCACUUCCACCAUAUAUUAAAAUCAAUUAGCAAUUAAUCUUCUACUUAGAACAUUCUGAAAGAUACUCCUGAAAGUCUUUAAGUGUUAAUGUGUGGAUUGUUAAGAAAGAAAACAACAGUGAGUCAUUAGGUUUGUGUUGUUAAUGCAGCCUGCCUCUCUAGUGCAAUAGAGACUGUGAGAGAAUGGGUGUCAGGCAGAAUUUUCAGAAUGGUGGCUUCUCGUCCACAACAGCGCCCUCUAGCUGACCGGAGGGCUGUUGUUAAGACUGGUAGACUGACUGUUUGGUCAUGUGGAACACUUUUCCUAGUGAACUGGUGUGAAAAUGGCUUUGAUUGGCCACACCCACAAAAGAAAUUUGGGAAAAAAAUGUAUUUUUUUCUGCCUUUUUUUUUUUUAACAGUGAAGUCAGAUGUGAUUGUCCUCCCCAUUGGCUAACUACAGCACCAACAUUACUACAGUUUUCUUUUUUAUUGGUUCUUCAUUCGUGUUCCUUUUUUUUCUGUCGAUUAAUAACAUAUCUGGUGUACCACACUUCAGAACAGAGGUUAUUUCAGUGGUUGGCAAUUGGUGACCCUAAAAGUAAAGCUCAGUAGUGAAAAUAUUUGGAAAUUUAAUUGAAAGGUUUCCUAUGUGAACUGUUGAUGUUUUGGUUAUCUUUUCAAUGAUUGGCUUAAAUAUUUCCAUGUCAUAUACAUUUUUUUUUCCAAAGCACUUUUUCUUUCAUUUGCUGCAAGUGUUUUAUAGUGACCAUGGGCCUGGAAUCAGACCCCCAUGCAUUCACAGGUUGGCCACCACUGAGAUUCAUUUUGCUCACAACUAUGGGGGAGGAAAUUAUAGUGGUGUAAAGGUGCCAUUUUGUAUUUUAUGUAGCCACAGUGUGAUAUGUUCUGCAGCUCCUCCCCGCCUCGUCCGUUCAUGUCCAGGGCUCUGCGCCUUUUUCCGUCUUCCGAGUCCGAAAGCCGAGCUGUGGUGUUUGGUUCUUGUCUCAGCCAGGCGGUCUUCUGCCCUCUAGAGGUGGAACCUUCUGUGCCGACCCUUCGCUUGCGCUCUUAGCGAAUUAAUGCUGGCACGCAGCUCGUAAGGAACAAAGAGUGACUGGACUUGAUUAAAAAGAUCUAAUGAGGCACACACUACAAGGUUAAAGGGCUGAUUUUUAGUUUAAGUGCCGUGGAACUUUGGUGAUAUCGGAGAUGGUCUGGAGGUGACCUCUGGGUUUUGACGUCUGUGGUAACGCAGAGGUCACGCUCUUGACCUUUCGUGUGCGUGUAGCUAACCCCAGCAUUUAAACGAGCAUAAUGUGACCCUGUGAUUCCCUCAUAAACGUGUAAAAUGUUCAAUGACAUUUUGCCGUCCCGUCAUGAAGUUAAGUGAAUGUGUGCGUCUUUUCACGUUGCCCCUGAUGCGUCUGUCUGUGAUUGGUCAAGUUGCAUCACAUGAGGCUCGUAGACCUAUCAGAAGAGGGUGAUCGUCAGCAGUGGAGAGAGAAGUGGCACGGAUUUAUUUGGCCAUGUGGCCAUCAGUUCAGUGUUGUGUGACGACCCAUACAGAACAACCAGUGAAGUUUUUAUUCUGCUUUGCUUCUCUCCGUACACACAACCUCUGUGGACUUUCAUAGGUCAGCUUCCCACACAUACAAGAGUGACCCAGUCUUUCAGUUGCAGGAACACAUUUGGAAUCCAUGAUUAAACUUUGCUGUGACUGGGGUAAUUUUCAAAGCAGUGUUGCCAUCAAAAUGUGUUUUAUAAAAUAAAACUGUACUCAAAUGC